GUGGUGACGUAUCCGCGCUGGACGUGCUGACGCUCGUCGGGAGAGCGGUGUGCGCAGGCGCGGCGCUGACAGCCGCGCUCUACCUGAUCCGCAGAGCGUGUUACUGUUUAAUAAUGGCCUGGAAAUCCGGAGGAGCGAGCCACGCGGAGCUCGUCAACAACCUCCGCAAAAAUGGGAUCAUUAAAUCAGACCGCGUGUAUGAAGUUAUGUUGGCCACAGACCGUGCCCACUUUUCCAGAUGUAACCCAUACAUGGACUCGCCACAAUCUAUAGGUUACCAAGCAACAAUCAGUGCACCACAUAUGCACGCGUAUGCUCUAGAGCUUCUCCAUGAUCACCUGUAUGAAGGAGCGAAGGCUCUGGAUGUGGGAUCAGGCUCCGGAAUCCUGUCCGUCUGCUUUGCCAGAAUGGUUGGGCAGAAGGGGAAGGUGAUUGGCAUUGAUCAUAUAAAGGAGCUUGUGGAGGAUUCUAUAACUAAUGUAAAGAAAGACGAUCCUAGUUUGAUCUCUUCAGGGAGAAUCAAACUCAAUGUUGGAGAUGGAAGAAUGGGCUAUGAGGAAGAAGCACCUUAUGACGCCAUACAUGUCGGAGCCGCAGCUCCCACAGUGCCACAAGCAUUGCUGGACCAGCUAAAGCCAGGUGGGCGUCUGAUUCUGCCGGUCGGGCCAGCAGGAGGGAACCAGAUGCUGGAGCAGUAUGACAAAUUGGAGGAUGGCAGUACCAAAAUGAAGCCACUGAUGGGCGUGAUUUACGUGCCUUUAACAGACAAAGACAAGCAGUGGUCAAGGUGGAAGUGACUUCCUGUCCUCUGUCCCCUCUCUCUCUCCUAGGGCACAGGGAUGAACUUUGAAAGGAUGAUCUGGCAAUACUCAUCGCACCACACGCGCACACACACACGAACACACACACACACACACACAUACACAUCCAAAUGGACUUCACUGAGGAGAGCUUGUAUAAAUGCUCUAUUUCCAUACCUGUGACAGUCUGACGGUCGUGAAAGAUGGAUGUAUUGAUCAGAUUCUUUUAUUUAAAAAGGAAAAAAGUGGAACAGGGCUUUGUGCUGAGAUUUUCAUGCCUGCAGUUUGAGAAUUGUGAAUGCAGUUUUUUUUUUUGGAGGGGGGGGUUAUUUGACGCAGGUGCAUAUUUCUUGUGAUGACUUCAGUAUUACAGUCAAUUGGAUUGUUCAUGCAUCUCAGCGUAAUGUAAACAGAACACGGGGGCCGGCCUUUGUGCUGAAUCCAGCCUGUGAUUAAAACAGAAUUCACUGCUACAUUAUGUGUAGGGAUGUCUUGGCUCUACAAAUCCGUGUUAAUAGUAAUGGCUUGUGUUUUCAGCUGAAGCAUGUGAUGCCCAGGCAAAAUAAACCACUUAUCAUUCGAUAAUUUUAUCAGAGGAUUCUAGAGUAAGCCACAAGAGGCCAUGUGUUACAAUGAUUUUACCAUGGUUAUGGGAUGCUCUUCGGUUUGACGCAAAGCAAUCCUCUUUAAAAUCAGUAUAGCACAGUUUCAAUGGCUCAGUAUGGGAUAAUGUACAGCCAGCUGGUCAUUAUAGCAAACUGAACCCCUAACACUAAGCAGAACUGUUAUUCCUGGAUGCUUACCAACCAAAUAAAUAACAUGUAAAUAACAUGAAUUAUUGAAAAGUUGAAAACAUUUUAAUAUGUGAGAAGAGUGCAAAAUUGUUUAUCUGGGACAAUGGUCAAUUAUUCUCUUUAGCAUAAUUAGAAAAAUAUGUACAAACCACAGAAUGCUGCCAUUAACCAAUCACAAUCCACAAUCACAAUCUUGUUUUAUACACAGAGGCAUUGUCAUGUUAGAAUAGA